AUGGAAGAAUUUGAAGGAAUUGGAUCUAUUGUGACAGAAUUUAACAUAAAGGGGUCCACCUUGAAUUUAUUCAAUAUUAAAUGGAAGACGCCUAGUAGUGAUAAAGAGUUAAAAAGGUUUGUUCAGAUUCCAUACGGACCUCACAAUAAAGCUUUUCCUAGUUUACCCUUAGUAGUUAAUUCCAGCGGUAAGCUCUUGAGGUAUAUGGCACAAGAUGAAAUGAUGGAUAAAUCAAUUUUAGAAUACGACGAGUCUAAGUUUGACUCAGACUUUGAACUCAAUGAAUCUAGCGUUAGCACGAAUCUUACGCAAUUCAUGAAUGAAUAUAAUAUCAACGAAGAACUGAGACAAGGGGUUGGUUACAAUGAGUCACAGGUAUUUCUAGCUGACAACCAUAAAGAACAGAUCCUUUCUGAUAUUAUAUUAGAGUCGAAUUGUGAAGAAUCGGAAUUUGUCGAAACAAACAGCAUUCUUACGAGCGACUUCACACAAUUAUCCUCAAACCGAUGGGAGAACGCUUCAAAGAAAGCUAAAUUAUCUUCGGAAAAGGAAGAUUUAGUUAGCCUCAAAUCAGAACCUUUUGCUGAUUUGGAAUUAGACGAUUUUUCCGCUCUACACAAUUGA